AUGUCGGCUUGCAGAGCGGGUUGUGGAUUUUUCGGAAAUGAAGCCAACAAGGGUUAUUGUUCCAAAUGUUAUCGGACUCAUGCUUCGGAGAAUGAUAAUGCUGCAUUCGAACAAUGGCUUCAACAACAUACCAAAGCCGUCAACAAGAUUGUCGAAGAAAAUAUCAAAAGAAAAUUGGAAUGGCAACAGGCUGAACCCAACGAUAAUAAUAGCAAGAAACGAAAACAAAUGGAGGGUGAACCCAAGUGGCCACCAUUGACCACCAAUGCGAGAGCCAUUUUGGAAAAUCAAGAUGUCUUUUCAAACAUUGCCCGAUUUUUAACACCCGCUGAAAUCACUCCUUUCAUGCUUUCGUGCAAAUCCUUUCACAAAGUUGCAAAUGGUGAGAAUGUGUGGCGUAGUAUGUUUGAAAUGAAAUAUGGAAAAACAGAACUCGAUACAGCACUCAUCAUCAAUCAAUCCAAUAAUCAAGCAAGUGCAAAUGAUGAAUGGAAAUAUCGUGUGAAAGUCAUUAACAAAUUUAAGGAAAGCUCAGAUUUGGAUUGGAAUGAAUUUGAAAAGGCUCCAUUCAUCUUACAAGCCAUCCUCCACAAACCUGUCUCUGUAUUUGCCAAGCUUGGACAGGUCUCCUCACCCUUCAAAUUUCCACCAGAGAUUGAUGUGAAUAAUGUGAAACAAGUCAUUGAACAUGUGUGGGCACCUGUUGUGAGCCAUUUACCAACUCUUGUGGAAUUCUUGUUAAAUUGUGUUCAAGCCUUAUAUGUGGUUCGUGAACAAUGUGAUGAAGACAAUGACAAUACUCCGGAAUGGUAUUUGCUUUAUAUUUACAAGACUAGUGAAGACAAUCAAGUGGGUUUACAUAGUGGAGGAGUACCUCUACCAUAUGAAAAGGCCCUUAAAGUGGAACAAGAAGGUUGGGGAAUGAUUCCCAAGUCAUUGGCUCUCUUCUAUUCAGUGCAUGAUGGUUACACUAAAUUUGGAAGAAGACUUGAUGCAUGGGAAGAUGGUGUUGUGUCUUCAAACACUCUUCGUUCGCUUGCUUGUGAAAUAUUCAAUGAAGAUGACAACGAUGAUGAUGAAGGUAAAACUCAAUUAUUGCGUUUUCAUCAUGAUGGAGGAGGAAAUGGACAAACAUUUUAUAGAACUGUUCGAUCGGAUGGAAUUCUCGAAGAGGAUCCUCUCACAGGUGAUUACGAUCAUGAAUGUCCCGAGUAUGAAGCAACUAUUUCAUUUUGGGAGUUUUUGGAUGAAAUGCUCACAGAAGAGAAUGACUGUUGGUGA